GGAUGCUUCACAGCGGCUGAGGACCGUUCACAACAAAGACGGGUGGCAGAAUUUUAUUUAGAGUCAACACAGAUUUACCAGAUAACCGCUCAGGACCAGAAAGAGAGAGAAAACGACUGCUAUCACCUUGAUAACUGGGAAGUCCACCAUGUUGGUAAGUUGCGAGCCCACAGGCUGAAAAGGUCUGAUCAGUUGGGAGUGCUGGGAACCGAGAGAUGGGGAACACUGCCACCAAGUUCCGCAAGGCACUGAUCAGUGGAGACGAGGUUCUGGCCUAUCAGCUCUACGAGGGCAACCCUCAGUUCAAAGAGUCACUAGACCCUAACACCUCAUAUGGGGAACCAUAUCAACACAACACCCCGCUCCAUUAUGCUGCUAGACAUGCCAUGACACGCAUACUCAGGUCCUUCCUCUUUAGCAAAGAUGGGAACCCUAACAAACGAAAUGUGCACAAUGAGACAGCACUGCACGUGUUGUGCAUGGGGCCCCACAUCCUACUAUCAGAAGGGGCGCUACAGCCACGUCUGGCCCGGCCCUAUGAAGAUGAGCGCAGACGAGCCGAGUGCCUCCAGAUGAUCCUAAAAUGGACCGGCGCCAAACUGGAUCGUGGUGAAUAUGAGAGCGCAGACGUCAGUGCAACUGAUAAUAAGAAGAACACCCCUCUGCACUACGGCGCUGCCUCAGGGAUGAAGACAUGUGUUGAGUUUCUGGUGAAGCGUGGUGCAGACCUAUUUGCAGAGAAUGAAAACAAGGAGACCCCAUGUGACUGUGCAGAGAGGCAGCACCAUAAGGAGCUUGCGCUCAAUCUGGAGUCUCAGAUGGUCUUCUCUACCGACCCCCGCGCUGAGGAUAUCGAGGCAGAGUAUGCUGCCUUAGACCGCAGGGAGUUUUACGAAGGUUUGCGAGUGCAGGACCUCAGGAGACUGAAGGACAUGCUGAUAGUGGAGACGGCUGACAUGCUGCAAGCUCCUCUUUUCACCGCAGAGGCUCUUCUUCGUGCUCACUACUGGGACAUGGAGAAACUUUUGGAAGCGUGGAUGUCUAAUGCUGAAGGCUGCUGCCAGCGCUCGGGUGUUCAGAUGCCCACUCCCCCACCCAGAGGCUAUAACACCUGGGACACCCUGCCCUCACCCCGUACACCUCGCACAACCCACUCGUCCAUCACCUCCCCAGACGAGGUCAGCUUGACCCCUGCAGAUGAUGAUCGCUCCCUGUGCGGCAUUUGUAUGUGUGCAGCCUCCAUGUUUGAGGAGCCUGUUGAUAUUCCAUGUGGUCAUGAGUUCUGCAGAGGAUGCUGGGAAAGCUUCUUGAAUCUGAAGAUCCAGGAGGGGGAGGCCCAUAACAUCUUCUGUCCAGCGUAUGACUGCUUCCAGCUGGUUCCUGUUGAGGUCAUUGAGAGUAUUGUGUCCAGAGAGAUGGACAAACGCUAUCUGCAGUUUGACAUCAAGGCAUUUGUUGAGAAUAACCCUGCCAUACGGUGGUGCCCGCGGGCUGGCUGUGAUAGAGCUGUGCGUUUGGCUGGACAGGGGCCAGGUGCCAGCACCUCUGACCCGCUCAGCUUCCCUCUCCUCCAGGCCCCUGCGGUGGACUGUGGCAAGGGCCAUCUCUUUUGCUGGGAGUGCCAAGGAGAAGCCCAUGAACCCUGUGACUGCCAAACAUGGAAGAUGUGGCUUCAGAAGGUCACUGAAAUGAAGCCAGAAGAAUUGGCAGGUGUAAGUGAGGCAUAUGAAGAUGCUGCCAACUGCCUGUGGUUACUCACCAAUUCCAAACCCUGUGCCAACUGCAAAUCUCCCAUUCAGAAGAAUGAGGGCUGUAACCACAUGCAAUGUGCCAAGUGCAAGUAUGAUUUUUGCUGGAUCUGUCUGGAGGAGUGGAAAAAACACAGUUCGUCUACAGGAGGAUAUUACCGCUGCACGCGCUAUGAGGUCAUUCAGCAGGUGGAGGAGCAGUCAAAAGAGAUGACCGAUGAGGUUGAGAAGAAACACAAGAACUUCCAGGAACUGGACCGAUUCAUGCAUUAUUACACACGCUUUAAGAACCACGAGCACAGCUUUAAGCUGGAAGAACGCCUGCUUAAAACGGCUAAAGACAAGAUGGAACAACUGAGCGAAGUUCUUAGUGGAAGAGAAGGAGGCCCUCCAGACACUACUUUCAUUGAAGAUGCAGUGCAUGAACUACUUAAGACUCGCCGUAUUCUCAAGUGCUCUUACCCUUACGGCUUCUUUCUUGAGCCUAAAAGCACGAAGAGGGAAAUAUUUGAACUUAUGCAGACUGACUUGGAAAUGGUUACUGAAGACCUUGCACAGAAAGUCAAUCGGCCUUACCUCCGUACCCCUCGUCACAAGAUAAUCCGUGCUGCCUGCCUGGUGCAGCAGAAGAGGCAGGAGUUUCUGGCCUCUGUUGCGAGAGGUGUGGCCCCCAAUGACUCACCUGAGGCCCCUCGACGCAGUUUUGCCGGUGGAACAUGGGACUGGGAGUACUUGGGUUUUGCCUCUCCAGAGGAGUAUGCAGAGUUUCAGUACAGACGCAGACACAGGCAAUGCAGGCGUGGAGACAUAGCUAGCCUCCAAAGCAACACACCCGACCCUGAUGACCCAGGCCAUGGCACUUUAGACACACAAGAGAUUGGUGGCAGACAGGGAAUGCCAAUGCCUCACAGCUCCCUAGAUGAGGAUGAUCCAAAUAUCCUUUUGGCCAUCCAGCUUUCUCUGCAGGAGUCUGGACUGGCUGCAGGCAGUGUUAGUGUUGAUGCUCAAGAAAUACUUGCUAACGAGGCAUCACUGGGGGCCAUCGGAACAUCCCUACCCACACGGCUGGACCCUGUGCUGUGCGGGGUAGAUGUGCCCCGUGUUGCCCUGAGCAGCUCUGAGCUGUUAGAGGUGGGUGACAGCCUGAAAAAGCUGGGUAAUAUCAGUGGGCAAAAUGUCCCUCUGCGUUAUGACAGUCUGAACAUACCAACUCGUGAGUCUGCAGAGGGCCCCUUCCCAGCUUCUUCUAGACGCAUGGAGCCCUCUGAGUUCAGUUCAGACAACGCCAACCUUCUAGGCAACAUCAUGGCCUGGUUUCAUGACAUGAACCCCCAGAAUAUCAGUUUGGUUCCCUCGGCUGGUGCCACUCUCCAAGAAUUCAGCACUCCGUCAGCAAGGACGACAUCAGAGCAUCAGACUGCGGAGUGCGGCAUUCCACAGUGGAUCGCAGUGGGCGAUAGAGAUCAAGAGUGUGAGUAUGGCACCAGUGACACCACCGGAGAGCACAAGCCUGUCAGGCCGACACAGCUUGACCUGGUAGGUCUCGAUGUGUCUCUGGUACCACCUCCGUCUGUCGAGUUGGGGGAAACUCCCAGCGGUUCCAACCCCUGUCACUCCCAUACCCCAAAAUGUGACUCAGACCCUGACCAGCCUAGCAGUAGCUCCUCUGAAUGGGAGGGUCAAGUACAUCUUGUAUGAAAUACUGACUCCACCCACUAGCUAAGCAACUUUUUGAUGUGAAAUAUCUGCCUGAUUGAACCCAAGGAAACAAGAUUAAUCAUGACAAGAGAAGCUUUUCGUCUAAAUCAAAGCCAUGUUUUAAAAGUGCACAAAUGUGUUACAGGCCUCUGUUAAUGAGCUUUUGAGGCAUGUGUUCUUUGCUCACUGAAAACUCUUCCCAAUCAUGGAGUUAAACAUUUGUAAUCAGUCAGCAACUGAACCAGAAAGUGCUAUUAAAUCCCAGACAGGAAUGGAUGUGCGGUAAUCUUGUGCAGGUAGCCUUGACUGUAUAUUGACUGUAUAGAACAGGACAAAACACGUCAGUGUACGUCCUGUUAGGAGCAAUUUCCUGUCUUUGUCCCGUAAUUACAAGGAUGUAAAACAUGCUGUAGGUGCCAAAACACUGGCUAGCACAUGCCAAAUUUACUAACGCCCAGUGGACAGUGUGCUGAUCGUGCCUGCUGCUGCUAUCGAGUACACUAUCCUUCCUUUAAACUAGACCUGUAGUAUCAGAAAAGUAUACUUUAGCAUCUAGCUCAGAAGAGCAGUGUGGUGCUGAUAUUCACAGAAACAUAAAAAACAGUAAUUCUAGUUGCAGUCUACUUUUGUUGUUUUAGUUCAUCAUAAUCACUGUAAUCUGUCACUGGUAAAUUCAAAUGAAAGUAUUGACAAGGUUGAACUCAGUGUAAGAGCACGAGCUGGCUUUGUUAAAAAAAGAAAUAUUUGCAACUUAUCACAGUGCCUUUUCUGUGAAUCUUCUUGUUAUUUAUAGCCACUCUCUUUUGAGCUCAGAGUGGGAAGUUCCAACACGCGUUGUUGUACUUUCAAGUGGCUAUUAAGCAAACAGCCUCUUAGCUCAAUGUUUUUUAAAAGAUAUUUUUUAUAUACUGUAAGUUCAGUUGUCCUUUAGCAUGCCUCUGGUCCCUUUCCCCAGGGUGUUUUUAAAGGAAUUAUUUCAAAAAGAAAGAAUAAACGAACUCCGACACAUUUUUGCGAUCGUCGAGAUUAUAUACAUCUAUGUUUAAUGUGGAGAUACAUUGCGUGUUAAAGGAGAAGAUGUGGAAACCAUGACAUGUGGCCACAGUCUGUGUUUAAGGACAGGCAUGCCAAUUUUAAAAGGAAAGUUAAUAAAAGAAAUACCUUUUUGGUCAUUUAUUCUCCCUUGUCCUUGUUCCAAACCCAUAGUUUUCUUUCUUCAGUGGAACACAGAUGAAGUUUAACAGAAUGUUCACACUGCUAUUUUCCAAACAAUUAAAUUGAAUGGUGACCAGGAGCUGUCAAUCGUGAACAUCCUGCCUAACAUUUUGUGUUCCAUGGAAGAAAGAGUCAUAUGGGUUUGGAACAACAUGGGGGCUAGCAAAUGAUGACAGAUUCCUUUUUGGGUGAUCCGUUCCUUUAAAAUGUCAUUACUGCUACAAAUUCAUAGAUGUAAUCUUGGUGCAUGUCAGAUACAUUCUCCCAAGGACCACUAUAGUAAAACAAAACUGAAACGGUAGAAUGUCAUGUAUUUUUCUUUCUGUUUUAUAACACAUCUGUUAUCUUUUUAGAAUAUAUGCAGGUCUCAUCUAUGGAUCUAUCAAGGGUGUGUGGCAAAGCCACAUCUAUGUGAUGGCAAGUAGCUGUUUUAGCUGCAGAUAGUACAUUUCUAAACAUGGUGGAACUCACCCACAAUUACGAUUUUUUUUUCCUACAAAAAUACUGUGGUUUCGCUACAAUAAAUUAUGGAAAGAAAUUAGCUAUUUAUUUGAUAUUGAAUGUCAUUCUUAAAAAUGAAUGAAGGUAAAGUUGAUUUUAAAAAUAUAAAUAAAACAAAUGAGCGCCAAUAUUUAUAUAUAUAUUUGUAUACAUCAUACUGUAAUAACACAGUGCCACUUUUCAAUAUUUGCUUAUGUGACUGCUGAAAUAAUUGUUACAAGUCAUUCAAACAAAUUAACGGAAUGUGUUUGAUUUGCUUUAAUUUCCUGCGAAUGCCUGGCCAACUGUUUAUCAAAUGAAACUGAGCUGCACCGUUCAGCUAAAUCACAGCAGCACUGAAUUUUAAGCACUUCAGAAGAAUUGCACAAAAUUAGCUCACACUUCAGCCUUGAAAUAGCCCACUUUAUUUAAUAGGUUUGCUUUUAUAUUGGCACUUUUAACUUGAUUUAAUUGAACAGGUGCUUGAUGUAUUGCUGUAAGAUUGAAUGAAUAUAAAAGUUAAAUCUGACCUUAUGCACUAAAGCAGUAUUGCACUGCAUAAUGAAAAAGUGUAAAAUGAAGGCAAACCUGUUUAUUAAGAGGUAUUUUAAGACUUGAAAUCAUUCCACAGGAAAUACACUAGCACCCACAUUUAAUUUGUUUUCUUUAUGUAUGUAUGAUCAGAAUCAAUUCAACUCAAUAAAUUGCAGUAUUUCUUCAAAGUAAUGUAUGUCGACAAAAGUUGAGGUGGAGCUAAUGUCUGUUUUAAUGAAGCAUAUGGUAAAUUCUGUCCAGACAUGACAAAAAUUUAAGAUAAAAAGUUGUCUUGUAUGUGAUGGGAUGAUGUGUAUUGAGUAAUUACAAUAAACAUAAAUCAUGUUUUCCUGAUAAAUGGCCAUUCAAGAGUCAAAAAUAUUGUUUGGGGGAGGGGUAGCUUUUAUUAGUUGGGGGGAAAGGAUUACAUUUUGUAACCCAUUACAGAUUUUAUAUUGUUAAGCAUCUAAUCCUUGAAAUGGAAUUUGCACUUUCAUAAUCUUUACUUGAUACAUUCCCAAUUUAUAUGGAAAACAAAAACAAAUGUGUGAUGUUUGGCCAUUGAAUUGGACCGAUAUGAGUGUGAAUCUUAAUAAAGUUGUU